AGGUGGGUUUUUGACCGGUCUGGUUUGGUAGGCGUAUGUAUUGCUUCCCCUCCUCUCUCCCCUCUCUCUGUCUCUCUCUGCUUCCUGCAUAUAAACUCCUCCACAAAUCCUCUUUCUCAUUCCGUAGAAGUCAGAGUCUCUCCAAACUCACCUACGCUGUCUCUGCAGUGUUCAUCUAAGCUCACGCUAACAUCCAAACCCCCAAACACGGAGAGACUCUGAUUACGGAAUUCGGGAAAAACUUUUUCUGUGUUGGAGCUGAAUCGCGAAUCUUCUAUAAUUUCAUCGGACUUCACAACCCAUGGAAUCUACUUCCGUGAAGCUUUCGCCGUUGGAUUUGAUGACUGCGAUCUUGAAAGGAGUGAAGCUCGACAAUUCGAACGGCUCCGCGGAGGCGGCGCAGCCGGCCGUGGUUGCGAUGCUGAUGGAGAACAAGGAUCUCAUGAUGAUGCUCACAACAUCAGUCGCGGUGCUCCUAGGGUGCGUCGUGUAUUUGAUAUGGCGGCGCGGAGCCGGAUCGGCGAAGAAGGUGGUGGAGCCGCCGAAGCUGGUGGUUCCUAAGGCGCCCUCGGAGGUCGAGGAAGCGGAUGAUGGGAAGAAGAAAGUCACCAUCUUUUUUGGGACGCAGACUGGUACCGCAGAAGGCUUUGCUAAGGCACUUGCCGAAGAAGCUAAAGCUAGAUAUCCGCAGGCCAAUUUUAAAGUUGUUGACCUGGAUGAUUAUGCCGCUGAUGAUGAGGAGUAUGAGGAGAAGAUGAAGAAGGAGAAUUUCGCAUUCUUUUUCUUGGCAACAUAUGGAGAUGGUGAGCCUACCGACAAUGCUGCGAGGUUUUACAAAUGGUUUGCCGAGGGACAAGAGAAGGGAAACUCGUUUAAGAAUCUCCAUUAUGGUGUAUUUGGCCUUGGAAACAGGCAGUAUGAACAUUUCAAUAAGAUUGCAAUAGUGGUGGAUGAGAUUCUUGCCGAGCAAGGUGGAAAGCGGCUUAUCCCUGUGGGUCUUGGAGAUGAUGAUCAAUGCAUUGAAGAUGAUUUUUCAGCAUGGCGUGAGAAUGUGUGGCCUGAGUUGGAUAAUUUGCUCCGUGAUGAUGAUGAUGUAUCGACUGUUUCAACUCCAUAUACUGCUGCAGUUUUGGAGUAUCGCGUUGUGUUACAUGACCAACCAGAAGGACUGGCCUCGGAGAACGGCUUUGCCAAUGGUCGUGCCAAUGGAACUGCUGCCUAUGAUGCUCAGCAUCCCUGCAGAGCAAAUGUUGCUGUAAAGAAAGAGCUUCAUACUCCUCUAUCUGAUCGCUCAUGCACUCACUUGGAAUUUGACAUAUCUGGCAGUGGAUUAGAGUAUGAAACAGGGGACCAUGUGGGUGUUUACUGUGAGAACUUGAUUGAGACUGUAGAGGAAGCCGAAAGGUUGCUUGACCUGUCUCCUCAAACAUACUUCUCAGUUCACACUGACAAAGAGGACGGCACACCACUUGGUGGAAGUGCCUUGCCUCCUCCCUUCCCACCUUGCACUUUGAGGACAGCACUAAGCCGAUAUGCAGAUCUUUUGAGCGCUCCCAAAAAGUCUGCUUUGACCGCAUUAGCUGCCUUUGCUUCUGAUCCUAGUGAAGCUGAUCGGCUCAAACAUCUUGCUUCCCCUGCUGGGAAGGAGGAAUAUGCACAGUAUGUCGUUGCUAGUCAGAGAAGCCUGCUUGAGGUCAUGGCUGACUUCCCAUCGGUCAAGCCUCCUCUUGGUGUUUUCUUUGCAGGAAUUGCUCCUCGGUUGCAGCCUCGAUUCUAUUCCAUCUCAUCCUCCCCAAAAAUCGCACCUUCAAGAAUUCACGUCACUUGUGCAUUGGUGUAUGAGAAAACUCCCACAGGACGAAUCCACAAGGGUGUCUGCUCAACAUGGAUGCAGAAUGCCGUGCCAUUGGAGGAAAGUCUCGACUGCUCUUCAGCACCGAUUUUUGUUAGGACCUCUAACUUCAGACUCCCUGCUGAUCCUAGACUACCAGUUAUCAUGAUCGGUCCUGGAACUGGUUUGGCUCCAUUUAGGGGUUUCCUUCAGGAAAGAUUAGCUCUGAAGGAAUCUGGUGCAGAACUUGGUCCUGCUGUAUUGUUCUUCGGUUGCAGGAACAGAAAAAUGGACUUCAUUUAUGAAGAGGAAUUGAAUAACUUUGUUAAAGAUGGAGUGGUCUCUGAGCUCGUCCUUGCAUUCUCACGCGACGGACCAACCAAGGAAUACGUUCAGCAUAAGAUGGCACAAAAGGCCUCAGAGUUGUGGAAUAUGAUAUCCGAAGGAGGCUAUGUUUACGUAUGUGGUGAUGCUAAGGGCAUGGCACGUGAUGUCCACCGAACUCUCCACACCAUCGUGCAAGAACAGGGGUCCUUGGACAGCUCGAAAACUGAGAGCUUCGUAAAGAAUCUACAGAUGACAGGAAGGUACUUACGCGAUGUAUGGUAAUAGUUGCUACGGUGAUUGAAUAAAAAGUCGGGCGGCUAUUAUACCCAACGGCUUUGCGAAAAAUGGUCCACGAAGCGUCUUGUGAAUUAUAUAGGGAGGUAUUGUGCAAAGAUUUGCCUGCCAAAAACCAAGGGAUGUCUCAGUGUUGUAAUCUUACUUUCUUGUCAUUCUUUCCAACUAGUUUUAUUAAGGGAUUUUUUUGUUCGGAUGCUAUAAGAUAUAAAUAUAUAUAUGUAUGAUAUACAAAUAAUUACUGUUUAUGCUAGUAGAUGAGUUAGGCGAAGGUCCAUUGUAAUCUUAAUGAGCCGGAAAUUAUGGUUCUGACUACACGUUAAUUUUGCACCUAUGUAUAAUGAUGGUGGUAUUCUUUUCUUAUGUUUAA